UCCUCUGAUGGAAAAAUAUAAUGAAACAAAAUUAGGGACCUAAGAAUUGCUCACAGUUACCUGUUCUUGCCCAAAAUGAUAUGUCAGAACAUUCACUUUGGUUGAAUCGGUCCUUACACUGCUCUCCCGCUCAUAUUUUGUGUGAACAGGAGAACUCACCCCCAAGGAUCCGUGGUGAAAUGUGUUUUUCAUUUCAGGAACAGUUGACCUUCAGGGACGUGGCCAUAGAAUUCUCUCAGGAGGAAUGGGUGUGCCUGGACCCCGCUCAGAGGGCCUUGUACAGGGACGUGAUGCUGGAGAACUACAGGAACCUGGUCUCCCUGGGCAAGGAAAAUGUCCCUCCAGAAGUCGGGAUCUGCCCCAAUAGCUCUGCUACAUUCGUGAUCAGGGAAUUAUUACCAAAGAAAGACAUUAAUAAUGGAGAAUUAUACCAGUCAGUGCUCUUGGGAAGACCUGAAAGCCAUGGCCUUGAGGAUUUUGACUUCAGGGAAGUCUGGGGAAAUACGUAUGAAUUUGAGAGCAAGUGCGAAUAUGAAGAAAGAAAUUUAAAAGGAAUGCUUGUGACAGAUAACCUAAAUCUCAGUGGUCGAAGAGAUAAACAAGACAGCAAAUCCUGGAUUAAUUUACCUUUAAAGCACAGUGUUUCUUUAAGAAAAAGUACAUAUCAAUAUUUUAAACAAGGGAAAUCAUUAAUAAAGAAUUUGUUAAAAAUAAAAACCAAUAUAAUCUAUGCAGGAAACAAGUAUACAAAAUGUUUUGAAAAUAGAAUUGCAUUAAGCUCCCAGUCGCAUCUGGCUGAAUUAUUUCAAACCGAGGAGAAAAUUAGUGGAUGUAAUCAAGUUGAGAAGUCUGUCAAAACUUGUUCCAUUUUGCCACUUCAGAGAUUGCCUCCUAGUGUCAAAACCAACAUUUGUAAUAAAUAUGGAAAGGUUUUUAUGUGUCCUUCAUUGCUUACACAGCACCAGAAAACAAAAGUUAGAGAAAAACCAUACAAAUGUAACGAAUGUGGAAAGACUUUUAGCCAUCAUUCAGUCCUUACUAGUCAUCAGAGAAUUCAUUCUGAGCAGAGACCAUACAAAUGUAAUGAGUGUGGUAAAGCCUUUAAGCAGUUCUCAAACCUCACAAGACAUCAGAGAAUCCAUACCGGAGAGAAACCAUAUAAAUGUAAUAUAUGUGACAAGGUCUUUAAUCAAAAUUCCCACCUUACAAACCAUUGGAGAAUUCAUACUGGAGAAAAACCACACAAAUGUCAUGAAUGUGGUAAGGCUUUUAUCAAGUGUUCAGACCUCUGGCGUCAUGAGAGAAUUCAUACAGGAGAGAAACCUUACAAAUGUAAUGAAUGUGGUAAGGGUUUUACCAAACGUUCAUAUCUUUGGGAUCACAAGAGAAUUCAUACUGGAGAGAAACCAUACAAAUGCAUUGAAUGUGGCAAGGUUUUUAGGCAGUGGUCUACCCUCAGGAUUCAUCGAAGAAUCCAUACUGGCGAGAAACCUUAUAAAUGUAAUGAGUGUGGCAAGGCUUUUAAGCAGUGCUCACACCUCACUAAGCAUCAGAAUGUACAUCCUGGAGAGAAGCCACACAAAUGUACUGUGUGUGCCAAGGCUUUUAUCCACAUUUCAAGUCUUGUGAAACAUCAGAAAAUUCAUUCUGGAGAAAAACCAUACAAAUGUAAUGAAUGUGGUAAGGCUUUUAUCCAAAGUUCAAGUCUUGUGGAUCAUCAGAGAAUUCAUACUGGUGAGAAACCUCACAAAUGUAAUGAAUGUGGCAAAGCCUUUACUGUGCGUUCAAGCCUAACUAAACAUAAAAAAAACCAUACUGGUGAGAAACCUUAUAAAUGUAAUGAAUGUGAUAAAGCAUAUACACAGCUUGUACACCUUACUAGACAUCAGAAAAUACAUACUGAAAAGAAACAUGAUGAAUCAGGUAUACACGGUAAUGCUUUUAUUCAAAGCUCAAGCCUGGGGGAUCAUCAGAGAAUUCAUGGAAGAGAGAAACCCUACAAAUGUAAUGAGUGUGGCAAAUCCUUUAACUGGUGUUCACGCCUUACUCGACAUCAAAGAAUCCAUACUGGAGAGAAACCAUAUAAAUGUAAUGUGUGUGGCAAGGCUUUUAGUCAAAAUUCAAACCUUACAAUUCAUCAGAGAAUUCAUACUGGGGAGAAACCUUACAAAUGUAAUGAAUGUGACAAAGCCUUUAAGCAGUAUUCAAGCCUCAUAAGACAUCAGAAUAUACAUCCUGGAGAGAAACCACACAAAUGUAUUGUGUGUGGGAAGGCUUUUAUCAAACGUUCGCACCUCUGGGGUCAUGAGAGAAUGCAUACUGGAGAGAAACCAUACAAAUGUAUUGAAUGUGGCAAGGCCUUUCAACAAUGGUCUGACCUCAGGAUUCACCAAAGAAUUCAUACUGAAAAGGAACCUUAGAAAUGUAAUGAAUGGUGGGGUGCUUGGGUGGCUCAGUCAGUUAAGUGACCGACUUCAGCUCAGGUCAUGAUCUUGUUCAUGAGUUUGAGCCCUGCAUUGGGCUCCAUGCUGGUGGUGCAGAACCUAUUUGGGAUUCUGUCUCUCUCUCUGUCUUUCUCCUUCUGUCUGCCCCUUCUCCACUCUCUCUCAAAAUAAAUAAACUUUUUAAAAAUGUGAGUAAAAAAGAAACAUAAUGAAUGAGAAUCAUUUAACCAUUUUCCACAAUACACUAUGUAUCAGAGGAUUUAUACUAGGGAGAAUUAAGUCUAGUCCAAGAUUAAUCAACCUCAGAUGUUAAAUUCUUCACAGUAAUUAAAAGUCAAAAUCAUUUAAGACUCAUGAGAUGAGUGUCAAUGGAACAAGGUGAUCUUUAGUAGUGAUGUGCCAUUUAUUAAAAAAAAUUUUUUUAAGUGCCAUCUUUUUUUAUUAUUUUGAGAGAGAGAGGGAGAGAGAAUCCCAAGCAGUCUCUGUGCUGUCAGCACAGAGCCCAGUGUGGGUUUCAAAUUCAUAAACCAUGAGAUCAGGACCUGAGCUGAAACCAUGAGUCAAUGCUUAACCCACUGAGCCACCCAGGUGCCCCUGUACCAUUUCUUUUAAAACUACUUUUUUUUUGUUUUUAAUUUGAGGUUUCUUAAAAAGCCUACAUUACUAUUGAUGUCUUUCAACCUGAAGUUUGGUGUUCUACUUUCAUUACAUGUUUUUUUUUGUGUGUUACCAUGAUGGUUUCUGGGAGCAGAUCAAUAUGAUAAAAGGGCCUACUUUAUUAAAUGAGAAUCAUUCUUAUCCAUGUAUCCUGAAGGAACACUGAAUUUUAACAUACAAUGUUGUGUGGUAUUGAAUGAGAAAAUGGGUUGGGCAGAGAAUAUAUGUCAAACAGUGAUGUAAAUAGUAUGUUCAGGAUCCCUUCUACAGAUUUGUCAGUACAACAGAGGGCCACUGGAUUAUCAGAAACCACUGUUGUGCCAGAUAGCAUGAAAAAGCAGGCUUUAAGAUUGAG